AUGAUGGAUCAAACCACAAUCGGUGACGGUGCCUACGGCUUUCCAAACGAACGUACGUUGUCUCUGGGCUCUCCUGAUACUGGGUCCCACGGGUUUGCUCGCCACGUCGAAAUGCAGGAUGAAUGGCCGUCCAGUCGAGAACUUACCCAAAGAUCCGGUCAGUACGACGCUCAGGGCUUCUUGAUCGAUUUUGAGCAUUCGACCGCAUACUUGCUGCCCAGGAAAGCGCCGUCGCCUCCUUCUCGUAACAGCCGAGUCUCCCCGUCGAGUCACACCCGCACCACACUUGUGGAUGAUUCCUCUGAAGCCUCUGAGGCCUUUGAGGCCUCUGAACCACUGAUCGCGAUACCCUAUGAGUCCACGUCUAGGGCCGAGUCCCACACGCCCGCAUGGCCUCAGAUCAGGUUCAGCAACAGCUACCGGAAAUGGUGGCUGGAGCAAUAUUCCCGGCCAAAGCCACCGGUGGAGCUUGCAACUAGGAGAUCAGCGCGUGCAAAUUGGCAAGGUUUCUGGCUCGCUCGAGGCACAUUGAGAAGAAGCGAUAAGGUGAUAGAGCAGCAUGGCCCUGGAUAUUGGCUGACAAGAGGGACAAUGAAGGCUCCCGAGCAGUUCAGUGGAGCAGAAAGUGCUGAAAGGCCCCAUCGCUUCUGGAAGCGUGUCUCCGACAAAAUACGAAUCGUCAGCAGCGAGGAGAAAUAG